GCGGGCGGGCGGCCAUUUUGUGAGGCGGCAUCGGAGGUGCUUGGCUGCAGUGGGCUCCGGGAAGCCGUUCGGGCUGGGGCUAUCGGCCGCGGGGCUGAGGCACUCGCACGGGGGGUAACUCGGGUCUGGGUUCUGGUGCCGUGCAAGCUCUCCCCGUCUAAAAGUUGGUUUUAAUUGGUUGCCCACAGGAUUGACUUGGCCUCUACUUCUUAAGAAAAUACAUCUCUUGUUUUACAAGGUGUGUGUGGUUUCAGCGCAGCAUGGCUGUGGUCAUCCGCUUGCAAGGUCUCCCAAUUGUGGCGGGGACCAUGGACAUUCGCCACUUCUUCUCUGGAUUGACCAUCCCUGAUGGGGGCGUGCAUAUUGUAGGGGGUGAACUGGGUGAGGCUUUCAUCGUUUUUGCCACUGAUGAAGAUGCAAGGCUUGGUAUGAUGCGCACAGGUGGUACAAUUAAAGGGUCAAAAGUAACACUGUUAUUGAGUAGUAAAACAGAAAUGCAGAAUAUGAUUGAACUGAGUCGUAGGCGUUUUGAAACUGCCAACUUAGAUAUACCACCAGCAAAUGCUAGUAGAUCAGGACCACCACCUAGCUCAGGGAUGAGCAGCAGGGUAAACUUGCCAGCAACAGCACCCAACUUUAAUAAUCCUUCGCCAAGUAUAGUUACUGCUACCACUUCUGUUCAUGAGAGCAGCAAAAACAUACAGACAUUUUCCACAGCCAGCGUAGGAACUGCUCCUCCAAGUAUGGGGACUUCGUUUGGGAGUCCAACAUUCAGCUCAACCAUUCCGAGUACAGCUUCUCCAAUGAACACGGUCCCACCACCACCAAUUCCUCCAAUUCCAGCGAUGCCAUCUUUGCCACCGCUGCCAUCCAUUCCCCCAAUACCAGUUCCUCCUCCAGUACCAACAUUGCCUCCUGUGCCUCCUGUGCCUCCCAUUCCCCCAGUCCCUUCGGUGCCACCUAUUAACCCAUUACCACCCAUGUCAGGCAUGCCACCCUUGAAUCCACCACCUGUGGCACCUCUACCUGCUGGAAUGAAUGGCUCUGGAGCACCUAUGAGUCUGAACAAUAAUCUGAACCCUGUGUUUCUGGGUCCAUUAAAUCCUGUUAACCCUAUCCAGAUGAACUCUCAAAGCAACGUGAAGUCACUUCCCAUCAACCCUGAUGAUCUGUAUGUGAGUGUGCAUGGAAUGCCCUUUUCUGCAAUGGAAAAUGAUGUCAGAGAGUUUUUCCACGGGCUUCGAGUUGAUGCAGUACAUUUGUUAAAAGAUCACGUAGGUCGAAAUAAUGGGAAUGGAUUGGUUAAGUUUCUCUCACCUCAAGAUACAUUUGAAGCUUUGAAACGGAACAGAAUGCUGAUGAUUCAACGCUAUGUGGAAGUCAGUCCUGCCACAGAGAGACAGUGGGUAGCUGCUGGAGGUCAUAUCACUUUUAAACAAAGUAUGGGGUCUUCUGGACAAGCCCAUCCCCCUCCACAGACACUUCCAAGGUCAAAAUCGCCCAGUGGGCAGAAAAGGUCACGAUCAAGAUCACCACAUGAGGCUGGUUUUUGUGUUUACUUAAAAGGGCUACCUUUUGAAGCCGAAAACAAACAUGUCAUUGAUUUUUUUAAGAAGUUGGAUAUUGUGGAAGAUAGUAUUUAUAUAGCUUAUGGACCCAAUGGGAAAGCAACUGGUGAAGGCUUUGUAGAAUUCAGGAAUGAUGCUGACUAUAAGGCUGCACUGUGCCGUCAUAAACAAUACAUGGGCAAUCGCUUUAUCCAAGUUCAUCCAAUUACUAAGAAAGGUAUGCUAGAAAAGAUAGAUAUGAUUCGAAAACGACUUCAGAACUUCAGCUAUGACCAGAGGGAAAUAGUGUUAAAUCCAGAGGGGGAUGUCAGUUCUGCCAAAGUCUGUGCCCAUAUAACAAACAUUCCAUUCAGCAUUACCAAGAUGGACGUUCUUCAGUUCCUAGAAGGAAUCCCAGUGGAUGAGAAUGCUGUACAUGUUCUUGUUGAUAAUAAUGGGCAAGGUCUAGGGCAAGCACUGGUUCAGUUUAAAACUGAAGAUGAUGCUCGUAAAUCUGAACACUUACACCGUAAAAAGCUGAAUGGGAGAGAAGCUUUUGUUCAUAUAGUUACCCUAGAAGAUAUGCGAGAGAUUGAGAAAAAUCCCCCAGCCCAAGGAAAAAAGGGCUUAAAGAUUCCUGUUCCAGGUAAUCCUGCAGUACCAGUGAUGCCUAGUACAGGGAUGCCUGCUGCUGGAAUUCCCACUGCUGGAAUACCCGGUGCUGGGAUACCUGGUGCCGGAAUGCCAGGUGCUGGAAUGCCUAAUGCGGGUAUGCCCACUGCUGGAAUGCCUGGUGCUGGGAUGCCCAGCUCUGGAAUACCCAGUGCCGGAAUACCUGGAGAAGAGCAUGUCUUCUUGACUGUAGGAUCGAAGGAGGCCAAUAAUGGGCCGCCAUUUAACUUCCCUGGUAAUUUUGGUGGGCCGAAUGCCUUUGGACCACCACUUCCCCCUCCAGGAUUAGGAGGUGCCUUUGGUGAUGUUAGGCCUGUUAUGCCUUCAGUUGGAAACAGUGGUUUGCCUGGCCUAGGACUGGAAGUUCCAGGUUUUGGAGGUGCACCAAAUAAUUUAAGUGGGCCGUCAGGAUUUGGGGGGAUCCCUCAGAAUUUUGGAAAUGGCCCUGGUAGUUUAAGUGCUCCUCCUGGUUUUGGAAGUGGACCCCCUGGUCUUGGAAACGUUCCUGGGCAUUUGAGUGGGCCUCCAGCAUUUGGGCCUGGGCCCGGCCCAAUACAUAUUGGGGGUCCCCCUGGCUUUGCAACUAGCUCUGGAAAACCAGGACCUACAAUAAUUAAGGUGCAGAACAUGCCCUUUACUGUAUCUAUUGAUGAAAUUUUAGAUUUCUUUUAUGGUUAUCAGGUAAUCCCAGGUUCAGUAUGUUUAAAAUACAAUGAAAAAGGUAUGCCUACAGGUGAAGCCAUGGUGGCCUUUGAAUCGCGGGAUGAAGCCACUGCUGCCGUCAUUGACUUAAAUGAUAGGCCUAUAGGUUCGAGAAAGGUAAAGCUUAUGGCCCACUGUGUGACCUUGGUUCAGCUGUCCAUUUCCUGUGACCAUCUCAUUGACAAGGACAUCGGCUCCAAAUCUGACCCACUCUGUGUCCUUUUACAGGAUGUGGGAGGGGGCACCUGGGCUGAGCUUUGCCGGACUGAGCGGGUCCGGAACUGCUCAAGCCCUGCGUUCUCCAAGACUCUGCAGAUUGAGUACCACUUUGAGACUGUCCAAAAGCUACGUUUUGGAAUCUAUGACAUAGACAACAAGACACCAGAGCUGGGGGACGAUGACUUCCUAGGGGGAGCUGAGUGUUCCCUAGGUCAGAUUGUGUCCAGUCGGACUCUGACUCUCCCCUUGAUGUUGAAGCCGGGGAAGCCUGCCGGGCGGGGAACCAUUACAGUUUCAGCCCAGGAGUUAAAGGACAGCCGUGUAGUAACCAUGGAGGUGGAAGCUAGGAACCUGGAUAAGAAGGACUUCCUAGGAAAAUCUGAUCCGUUCUUGGAGUUCUUCCGCCAAGGUGAUGGAAAGUGGCACCUGGCAUACAGAUCUGAGGUAAUCAAGAACAACCUGAACCCGACAUGGAAGCGCUUCUCAGUUCCUCUUCAGCAUUUCUGUGGUGGGGACCCCGACACACCCAUCCAGGUACGCUGCUCAGACUACGACAGUGACGGGUCACAUGAUCUCAUUGGUACCUUCCACACCACCUUGGCCCAACUUCAAGCAGUCCCGGCUGAAUUUGAAUGUAUCCACCCUGAGAAGCAGCAGAAAAAGAAAAGCUACAAGAACUCUGGAAUUGUCUAUGUCAAGACUUGCCGGGUAGAAACAGAGUAUUCCUUCCUGGACUAUGUGAUGGGAGGCUGCCAAAUCAACUUUACCGUGGGCGUGGACUUCACUGGCUCCAAUGGAGACCCAUCCUCACCUGACUCCCUGCACUAUCUGAGCCCGUCAGGAGUCAAUGAGUACCUGACAGCACUGUGGAGUGUGGGCAGCGUGGUUCAAGACUACGACUCAGACAAGCUGUUUCCAGCAUUUGGAUUUGGGGCCCAGGUACCCCCUAACUGGCAGGUCUCACAUGAAUUUGCCUUGAACUUCAAUCCCAGUAAUCCCUACUGCGCAGGCAUCCAAGGUAUUGUAGAUGCCUACCGUCAAGCAUUGCCCCAAGUUCGUCUCUAUGGCCCUACCAACUUUGCACCCAUCAUCAACCACGUGGCUAGGUUUGCAGCCCAGGCUGCGCAGCAGAGGACUGCCUCGCAAUACUUCGUACUGUUGCUUUUGACUGAUGGCGCUGUGACAGACGUGGAGGCCACAUGUGAGGCUGUGGUGCAAGCCUCAAAGCUGCCCAUGUCCGUGAUCAUUGUGGGCGUGGGUGGUGCUGACUUUGAGCUCAUGGAACAACUGGAUGCUGAUGGUGGCCCUCUUCGUUCACGCCGUGGAGAAGCAGCUGUCCGUGACAUUGUGCAGUUUGUGCCUUAUCGACGAUUUCAGAAUGCUCCACGGGAGACAUUAGCACAGACUGUACUUGCAGAAGUGCCUACUCAGCUGGUUUCCUACUUCAGAGCCCAAGGUUGGGCCCCAUUGAAAGCACCUCCAGCUCCAGCCAAGGGCCCUGCACAGCCCCCCCAGACAUAGGUUCCCUUGGAGAGUAGGCUAUGGUCAGUCUGUUUCAAACUUUAGCCCACUCAGUCCUUUAGGCCGUGGACCAACCCUGCACAUUUUCCCCGUAUAGUUGAUACAUUUAUACUUGCUUCUGCUAUUGCUGCUCUUGACCAACCUACCUGCCCUGGACCCAUCUCAUUCAGGAAAGACUAGUAUAAAGAUCACCCCUUUCUCGGGGUUACACACUGGUAUAGACAGCCUUGCUUACUUUGACCCGAGUCUUUGUUGGCCUUGGCCUUGUUUAGUGAAAGUCUGAUAACCCUAUCCAAGCAAGUUGGGUCUAAUCACCCCAGAGACUAACUUUGAAAACAAAGUUGGUAUAUAAAGUAAGCAUGUGGUUGUCCCUUCCUCUGGGUGUAGCUGAGCUUGGAACAUGAUCAGGAUGGAAGCUGUUAGAGGUGGCGAAGCUGAGAGAGUGAGGGUUACUAGACCUCCUGUGCUAGGUUUGUUCCCCUGUUCUUUGGGAACACUUGUGUAGCCCAGGAUGGCCUGCAGUUCACCAUCUGCCUUAACCUCACGGACGCUGGGAUGUGCUACUGUGCCUGGUUCAUAGUCCUAUUUUUUUUUUUUUUUUUUUUGAGUUAAGGUCUCAUGUAGUUCAGGCUGGCCUGGCCCUACGUGUGUAGUCAAAGAUGUCUUGAAUUUCUGGUCCUCUUGCCUCCAUCUCCUGAGUGCUAGGAUUAUAAGCAUGCCCCACUAUGUACAGCUUAGUAGCUUUUUUAUAUUAGAGAUUUAACAUCUAUAUUCAUUUUGUAAAAACUUUAUAGGAAGAACAAUAAGAGAAAAAAGAAAGAAAAAAAACUUUAUAGGCGGGGAGGGGGCAGAAAUCCUUAAUAGAUAAAUAAAUUUAAAAAAAUAAAAAAAUAAAAGAUUUAUAGUUUUGAGUUUAAAAAAAAAAAAAAACUUUAUAGGAGGGACACAUCUUAACCACAUUGCCCAGGCUGACUUCAGACUCUUUGGAUUCAAGAGAUCCUCCUUCCUUAGCUAAUGGAGUAGAUGAAACUAUGGUACACUUGGUGCCUGGUUUGGAAAAACAGAUUUUCUUUUGCAGGGAGGAAGGGAACUUUUAAGUGCAGAAUUAAAAUUUCACCCAGAAUUAAAAUUUCACCCAAUCUGCCAGUCAGUCAUGGUUGUGUACAACUUGAAUCCCAGCACACAGGAAGCAGAAGUAUUUUAAAAUUUGUUUUCUAAUCUGAUAAAACAUUGAUUAAAAACUGGGUGUGGUGGCACAUACAUUUAAUCCCGGCACUCAGGAGGCAGAGGCAGGUGGAUCUUUUGAGUUUGAGGUCAGCUUGUUCUACAGAGCAAGUUCCAGGACAGCAAGAGAGCAAGAGAAACCCUGUGUCUAAAAAAAAGGAAAACAUGGUUUCAAAUAUCAGUCUCACAUAAAAAGAGUUGCCUGGCAAGUGGUGCACACCUUUAACCUCAGCACUCGUGAGGCAGUGCCACUUGAAACUUUUUGAGUUGAGGCCAACCAACCUGGUCUACAAAGCGAGGACUGUUACACACAGAAACCCAGUCUCUGGGCAAGGGAGGAGGGGAGAUAAUGGGAACAAUGAUUGGAGUCAAGGCAGGUGGACGGCUGCAGGUUUGAUGUGGAUUCAUUCUAUACUAGGAGUUUCAGGUCAGACAAAAGAACUUUAAAAUAUCACAUAUACUCUUUGUAUCUGGUUUGCAUUUAUUUUGGAUGCCUUAUUACAACUGCCUUGUCUCUUUUUCCAAGUCACCUUCUUCCCCAGAUCUCACAUUUUUAGUUUGAAUUUAUUUCCAUACCUACAUAUGGCUAGGUGUCACUCCUACCUUGACUUUAUUCUCAGUAGCCUCUUGAUGGGCUGUGUGUGUCAGUCUUCAUUCUGUUGUUCACAGUAUUUUCCCCUCAGUUGUUACUGUUUCAUAUUUUUAUAUUCAGUGUGAAAAUUUUAUUUUUAUAUAUGCUAAUCUGCUUUUAAAAAUGUAUCCAUUUAUCAAUAAAUACUCCCUCAGUGGCUACA